AUGGAAGAGGGUGGCCUGUGUGGUGGUGUCAAGAUUGCUGAAACUGCCCACGCCCCCAAUGCCCACGCCCCACAACCCAUGCCCCACAGUCCACGCCCUCACAACCCACAGCCCACGCCCCCACAUCCCACGCCCCCACAACCCACGCCCCCACAACCCACGCCCCCACAGCCCACGCCCUCACAACCCACAGCCCACGCCCCCACAUCCCACGCCCCCACAACCCACGCCCCCAUCACCAAAACAACCAAGAAUUGCCCAUUAUUUUGA